UCAGCUCCCACAAUAAAUUCUGUUAGUUGAACUCACACUAACCACAUUGUAGUUACCGUAGGUCUACUUGAAGUGCAGAGGUUUACGUUUAAUGAGUCGAGCAGGAAGAAACGAGCAUGAUGAUUGAACUGUAUUAUUCACGAUUCUUGGUUUUAUUAGUGCUUGUCUUUGGUUUAGAAGUUAUUGGAUUAGUUGUUGGCUCGUCAUGUGAAGUGAAGAUUGACAUUGGCGUAGGACGUUGUUCGGCAACCAAAAGCCCUUCUUGUCAAAAAUCAGAAUGUCCAAUGAGACGCCCAUACAAACCACCGCAGACACAUUUCCAAAGUGACAAAGGGAUGAAUAUUGCUGGAGUUUGUGCGCCCCCUGUGGACUGCGAUGUCAACUCCAAAUACAGAACAAUCACUGGGGCAUGUAACAACAAAGUACAGGUGGCAGCGUGGGGUCUAUCUAAUACAGCAUUGAACAGACUGUUGCCGGCUGACUUUAGCGAUGGGAUAUCGGCGCCUCGAAAAAUGAGUAAUGGAAAGCCGCUUCCUUCUGCUCGACUGUUGAGAACUCUGCUUUUUCCAAUUGAUAACUGUCCGUCACAUAUCAACGCAGAAUUACUAUUGACUUGGGGACAAGCAAUUGCUCAUGAUGCAUCUCAUGUGGAACCUAUAGGGAUAUCGGCGCCUCGAAAAAUGAGUAAUGGAAAGCCGCUUCCUUCUGCUCGACUGUUGAGAACUCUGCUUUUUCCAAUUGAUAACUGUCCGUCACAUAUCAACGCAGAAUUACUAUUGACUUGGGGACAAGCAAUUGCUCAUGAUGCAUCUCAUGUGGAACCUAUAGGGUCGGUUCCCAUUGAGAAUCUCUAUUUUUUUGCAGAUGAUACGACUCUGGUGAAAAAGCUAGGCUACUAUAACAAGUUUCCACUGUACAAAUGUUCUGAUCUUUCCAUAGGUGAUGAUAGAGUCAAUCAGAACCCAGGCAUUGCAAUAGCAACCACAAUAAUGGUGAGAGAGCACAAUAGGUUGUGCGAGGGAUUGGCUAAAAUCAAUCCAUCAUGGGAUGAUGAAACUCUGUAUCAGGAGGCAAGGCGUAUCGUUAUAGCCGAAUUGCAACACAUCGUUUAUACAGACUUUAUUUCUGCACUAUUGGGAGCAGAGUAUGUUGAAGAUACAGGUCUCAAAGUGAAGUAUGGAUUCCAGGAGUCAUAUGAUGCGCUUUUAGAUCCGAAUACUCUGACUGAGUUUUCUGGUGCAGCUUACCGUGUGUUCCAUGCUAUGAUAAGAAAUGAUAUACUAUCAUCAUCACAGGAAGGAUGCCCGUACAAAAGCAUUAAAUUGGCCGAUACCUUUAAUAAUCCUCAAUUUAUGCAAGGAAGCCAGUUUUCAAGUUAUGCUUAUGGAUUGGAAUUUUUAGCAGCAAAAGAGCUCGACAUGAAAUAUGCAAAAGCUAUGGCAGAUGAGUUUGAAAGGUCGAAUGGCACUCAUUACGGAACCGAUGUGCCUUCCAUUGACAUUCAACGUGGCAGACAAUUGGGCAUUUCGCCUUAUGUGAGGCUACGAGAAGCCUGCGGAUUGUCAAAGAUAAAGAGUUACGCUGAUUUAAAGAAUAUUAUGAGAGACGAGGACAUUGAGAAAUUGAAGACCGUUUACCCUGAUGUAAGUGACAUAGAUUUCAUAGUUGGAGGUCAUUUGGAAAAACGAUUUCCUGGAAGUUUAGUUGGUCCAACAUUCCAGUGUGUAAUCUAUACACAGUUUUUCAACUGGAGACAUGGUGACCGGUAUUUCUACAACUUCAAGAAUCAGGUUGGAUCGUUCAGAGAAGAUCAAUUGAAGCAACUUCAGAAAGCUUCAAUAGCAAGACUUUUUUGCGACAAUUUGAAAGGGAUAACAAAAGUAUUGAAAAAUCCUUUUCAUAAACUAUCAAAGAGGAACCCUCUCAUAUCUUGCAGUCAUGUACCUUCCAUAGACUUGGCAUGCUGGAAAGCUAAAUAAAAGACAAUGAUGAAGUUCUCUUCAAACAACUCAUAUAAUCGCCUCAUGAAGCCUAUUCAUUUUUUAAUUUCAUUUACAAUUUCACAGUCUGUACAUUCUAUAUUAUGCUAACUUUUUCAACACAAUAAAUUGUCAAUAGUA